AUUUAAUUUCUAACCUAAUAUCUUGAUGUAUCAUUUUUUUUCUUUCCAGAUAUGAAAUAUUCCAACUCAUGGUCAAUCUUUACACUGAAAGAUUUAUUCAAAUGCUUAGAUUGCUUAGUGACAGAACAAAUACAUUGACAAAUUUGGAGAUAUUGAAGGUAACUGGGUGGGUUGUUGAGUAUCAAGAUAAUCUGAUUGGCCUUGGUGUUGAUGAAUCCCUUUCUCAAGUAUGCUCUGAAAGUGGUGCAAUGGAUCCACUAAUGAAUGCAUACAUUGAAAGGACACAGCAAACAACAAAGAAAUGGUACACAAAUAUUCUCGAGGCAGAUAAGGUACAACCACCAAAGAAGACAGACGAUGGUCGAUUGUAUACACCAGCCGCUGUUGAUUUAUUUAGAAUCUUGGGGGAGCAAGUGCAGGUUGUUCGUGAAAAUAGCACUGAUAUCAUGUUGUACCGUACAGGGCUUGCAAUUAUUCAGGUUAUGCUUGAUUUUCAAGCAGCAGAAAGGCAUAGGCUUGAAGAACCAGCUUCUGAGAUUGGUUUGGAACCCAUAUGUGCCAUGAUCAACAACAACCUGCGAUGCCAUGAACUUUCGAUGGAACUCAGUAAUAGCAUAAUUGAAGCUCUUCCACAGAACUAUGCUGAACAGGUGAAUUUUGAAGACACUUGUAAGGGCUUCCUCGAUGUUGCCAAGGAAGCCAUCAUUCAAACUGUUAGUGUAAUAUUUGAAGAUCCUGGUGUAAAAGAGUUGCUUGUUAAGCUUUACCAGAAAGAUUGGUAUGAAGGCCUGGUAACAGAGUAUUUAGUCGCAACAUUUGGUGAUUAUUUUGGAGACAUCAAAAUGUAUAUUGAAGACAGAUCAUUUAGGAGGUUUGGGGAAGCUUGCCUAGAGGAAACAAUUGUGAUUUAUGUUGAUCAUUUGCUUACACAGAAAAAUUAUAUUAGAGAGGAAACUAUUGAGAGGAUGAGACUAGAUGAAGAGGUCCUUAUGGAUUUUUUCAGGGAGUAUCUCAGUUUAACAAAAGUUGAAAACAGAGUGAGGAUUCUGAGUGAUCUUAGAGAGCUGGCUUCAGCUGAAAGCCUGGAUAGUUUUACCCUUAUAUACACAAAUAUUCUUGAGCAUCAGGCAGAUUGCCCAGCUGAAGUUGUGGAAAAACUUGUUGCAUUACGAGAGGGUAUUCCACGGAAGGAAGCCAAGGAGGUGGUGCAAGAGUGCAAAGAAAUAUAUGAGAACUCACUUGUAAACGGUAACCCUCCGAAGACAGGAUUCCUCUUCGGUAGGGUCAAGUGCCUGGCAGCACCCAAAGGCUCAAUAUGGAGGAAGCUUGGUCAAUAAGCAUUAAUGGUUGCAUGGAGCCACUUCACCAUUCAACUUAAUAGCUACUGUAGUAUUCUUUUAUGCUAAUUCUUCUCAAUCUUUUUACACUUCAUUCUAUGCAAUUUUCCGAUGGCAUCUCAUCUGAAUAUUUGAAUGUCUGCUGCAAAUAGAAAUAUUAGUGACAGUUGUAAUAUUUCAUUGACCAAAGUUUGUUGUACCUUGUAAACUGUGGAUAUUUAGAAAUCCAAAGAUGAUGCAUGCGUAUUUUUAUUGAUA